AUAACCUAUUUGUAAACAGCCGGGCAAAAUAAAAUGUUAAAUGUUUAGUUAUGUUUACAAUUUAAGUAAGACUUUAUAGAGCAUAGCACUUAAUAAGAAUAAAAACAUGAGAUAUCUAUCACAAAUAUUCCAACCAGUGAUUACUAUACCAAAAGGCGCAAAAAUAAAAAAUACUGAAAUCACUUGUAAAAGCCAAAAACUUCUUCUAGAAUGCGGUCUUAUCCGUCCAACUACCUCUGGCUUCUUCACAAUUUUGCCCCUAGCCAGACGAGCUUUAGAUAAGCUUGAACUAUUAGUAAAUUCCUGCCUAGAAAGAGUACAGGCACAAAGAAUAUCAUUACCAUGCCUAACCUCCGCAAAUCUGUGGGAGAAGACAGGAAGACUGGACAGUGUUGGAUCAGAACUAUUUACAAUCGAAGAUAGGCAUGAUAAAAAGUAUUUGCUGGCACCUACUCAUGAAGAAGCUGUUGCAGAUCUAAUGGCAGAUGUUGGACCUCUGUCAUAUAAACAGUUACCACUUCUAUUGUAUCAGAUAACAAACAAAUAUAGAGACGAGAUUCGACCAAAACAUGGUUUACUGAGAGGAAGAGAGUUUAGUAUGAUGGAUUUGUAUGGAUUUCAUAGUAAUAUACAAUGUGCGCAUAAUACAUAUAGUCAAGUUACUGAGGUAUACAGACGGCUGUUUGAUGUAUUGGGUCUACCCGUUCAUAGAUUGGCAGCACCGACCGGUGAAAUGGGGGGAUCGUUAUCGCACGAAUGGCAACUCCCAGCACAGGCGGGUGAGGACUCGAUAAACAUAUGCCCGUCCUGCUCGCACGUACAGCGGAACGGAGGUUGCGAGAAGUGUGCGAGCGAAACGGAUGUAGUGCAGACCGUUGAGGUCGGUCACACAUUCAUUCUUGGUACGAAAUACAGCGAGCCCUUGCAAGCUAAAUGUAUUCACCCAGACUCGAACCCUUCACCUUUGAUUAUGUCCUGCUAUGGAAUUGGUAUUACAAGAUUACUAGCUGCUAGUUUAGAAGCAUUGUCUUCCGAGAGUCAGAUCAGAUGGCCAAAGUGUAUAGCGCCUUUCGCCGCGAUCGUUAUUGGGCCUAAGGAGGGUUCAAAAGAGUGGUCCAAACACGGCUUAAAUCAUAUAGAGGGUGUAGCAAGAAAAUUGGAUGGAAUUUUAGACGGGGACGUGGUUUUGGAUGACAGACACACAUUGACCAUUGGAAAACGACUCUUAUUGGCGGACAGAAUGGGCUACCCUCACAUAAUAGUGUGUGGUCGAAAUUCAAGCGAAACACCGCCGAGAUACGAACUUUACACCAACGGUCGACGGGAACCAAUAUUAGGUGACAUCAACGAACUUAUGGAUAUAAUAAAUGGCGUUUCUGACACUCAACGUGACAGAUCUCGCUCUUAGCAAUGACGUUACGUCAAUAUGACUUUGACGUAUAGGCUGUUUGAAUGGAAUUCAAAAACCAUUUAGUUCAGAUACGUUACAAAGAUCUAGAGGAGACAUAUAUUCGUGCUAAAUGUCACUUCAGUACGUGAAAGUCAAAAGCAAGAACGUCAAUGUCACUGUCAAGAUCAUACUUAGUUUCAACUCUUGACUCUUAGGUUAAGUGAUUGCUUUGGUAUAGAUAUAUUAUAAUAAAGA